AUGCGAGGCAUCAAGAAGUCGCGGCAUGGGUGUGCCACGUGCAAGAGCAAACGCCUCAAAUGCGACGAAUCUCGGCCCUCGUGUGGCCGCUGUACUCGACUCGGCGUACACUGCCCUGGCUAUUCCCAGCCGAUUCGCUGGGUGACGAAACACGAAGUUUUCGAAGCCUCAGCCUUGUCUAAGAGGCGACCUUCUCUGAUUUCUCCAAAUGAAAGCCCGGGAACUAAUGAUGAUGUGGGCUCCGUCAUAUCGGAGCGUGUCUCAUCGAGUAUGCCGAAUAAUGACGAAGCCUCGUCAUCCAAUGACCUUCACCAGUCUCUCGACAUCGAGCACUUGGAUCACCAAUUCAGCAUGACCUUGCCAGAAUUAGAACAUUUGGACACGCCGCCAUUCAUCACGGCAGGCGUGACUCUUGACUUGGACCAGCCGCAGACCUCAAGUUCCGGUACCGUUCAGCAGGCACCGGGAGAUCAUCCAAAGACAAACCAGGAGAUCCUUACCGACAGGGUAUUUUCCCAUGUAAAUUCUUCGCCAGCGUCGCCAUUUAGGUGUCGCCUGCCUUCACAAGCUAGCAGACUGAGUAUUUUCCCCCUUCCGCGCAGGUCGCUGGAAGACCCGUCAUCUACUCUAGUUGAAUACUAUUUCAAAGAAGUUGCCGGCUUGUUUUCAAGUUACGACAGCCAUAUGAAUCCCUUUCGAACGACCGUGUCUCGUCUGUGGGCGUCCUCGCCGGCUAUGUGCCGAACAUUGCAAAGCAUGGCAGCCGCCACUCUGGUGGACGACUUCCCUCAAUUUGGUCCACUAGGGCUUAGAAUGCGCAAAGACGCCAUAUCUAUUCUAGAAAAGCAACAAGUUCUUGAUGAUAAAUCUCUUCUCGCUAUGUUAAUGCUCGGUCAGACGGCAAGCUGGCAUAACCCGAAUGAUUUGGGGAUUUCCUUUUUCAAUACCCUCCGCGACCACCUUAAUUCCUCUACAAUUGGCGUCAACGGUGGAUUGCUUCUGACGAACCGCAACAACUAUCAAUUCUUCGAGGAAGCACUCGUAUACUGGGAAAUGCUGCUUUCAUAUGUAGCAGACCAUGGUACGUUGACUUCGUCUUCGAAGUUAGAAACCCAAACGGCAAGUGAUCGAUUCUUGACGCAAAAAGUGCCACAUCCGUGGACGGGGAUCGCUCGUGACACUCAAUUUACUGUUCACAAGGUUGGCCGGCUUGUUCGACGAGAACGCAAGCGCAUGCGUACCAAACGAUUCACGUCGCAAAGAGACAUAGCACAAGCUCAAGAAGCGAUUCGGGAAGCACAGCAGCUUGAGGAGAGACUGUUGAGUCUGGCCCAUCCAGAGGAGACAGAUGUCGUGAACCCCGGUGACAACGAUACGCCUGUAUGGCACUUACUUGCCAUGGCCGAAGUCUACCGGUACACGGGACUUAUUCAGUUAUACCGAGUUUUUCCCGAUCUUCUACGCGAGCGUUCACAAUUAGAAAACAUUUCCAGAAAAGAAACGGCAUCUAAGAUUGUGGAUCCGGCGCUACUUUACCAGCCAGAUGAUCCGAUGACUACGUUUUUAUUAGGGAGCGCCAGUUUUCCUCAUGAUGUUUGUGUACAGGAUAGUGGUGGUGAUGACGAUGGAACGGACGAUACUUCAAAGGACGUACAACCCGAAUGGCUCACUACAAUCGCUCUGACGGCCAUGUCACGCCUAAAGACCGUUCCCUUGGAGUCACGAACGAGAUGCUUGCAACCAUUCUUGCUAGUGGCUUCGUCAAGCGAGCUUCGGCUACCUCCUAUGAAGGCGGAGCUGCCAGCAUUGGAUUCCAGCGGAGACGACUAUUCCCUGAAUUUGUCUGCGCACGCAAUUGAAGUGUCGAGGACUCGCAAGUUUAUUCUAGGGCGUCUCAGCUCCUUCCUCCACGUACUUCCACCAAAACCAAUUCACAUCUGCGUGGAGCUUGUAAAAGAGGUUUGGCGACGCAUGGAUGCCGGCGAGCCUGAUGUUUAUUGGAUGGACGUAAUGAUUGACCAUGGCUGGGAGACCACCAUGGGCUGA